CCUCCUCCUUCCCUAGCGCUCCUGUGCUGCAUGCAGUGCGUAUCUUGCUUCCGUGAGCCUAAGAUGGCAGGCAGGAUUAGCCGUGCCUGUGCUGGGCGUGCAUGCUGUGUAUAGAAUUCAUUACAUGUUUCAGAUGUGAGUAUGUAAAUGCUCUCUGUGCCGUGUCAUCUGGUCGCGAGGACUUGCUUUUGCCUCAUUACAGCCUGGGAGAUUUCAGCAUCACCUUUCCGUUCCGAUUCAUUUGCUUCUGGAUGUUUGCUUUUCGUCACAUUCAAAAUAGGCUUUUACUUUUUUUUUUUUUUUAAACAAAGCAACCAAAAAAGCCCUCAAAACAAAACAUCAACAACGAAAAACUCUGCUCCCAGAUGGUUGUCUUCCAUUCUUCUUGCAUUUGCUAGCUUUUAAAUAAUGUAUGUUGUAUUGUUAAUUAAUGUGAAUAUCAAAUUGAACCCUGGAAACUUACAUAUUUAUUAUGCAGGUAGGAGGCAAGGUGGAAUCUAUUUUUAACGCUCAUACGCUCUGUGGCGUGCAGACGACUUAGGCUCUCAAAAUGGUAUUUUCAGUACUGGUGUCAGUGGGUUGAUUUUCAGAGCAUGUGAUAGUGGUCUUUGCAGUGGUCAGCUCCGGGCUUUGAACUCUCAGAGGAGGCAGGGGGGAAAACUCAACACCCCACCUCCUUGAGUGCAGCCUCGGAGAAACCGUGGAUGAGAAAUUUCUUUCUAUCCGGUGCUGUUUUCCUGGUGAUAAAUUCAGUUCUCGUGAUCACAGCACAUCCAAGCUGUUCUGCGUAUGAUGAUGAUGAUUUUAUUUAUUUAUUUUGGGUGACAAUUGCAUCUAAAACUUGUGAGCAACAAGACGGAAAAAUCAGUUGGUCUCCGUCGCAUUCCUUAAAGAUGGCUGAGUGUCUUCCCGUGCCAGCACUGCAUCAAGUGAUGCAUACAGGUCUUGAAGUGGGGGAGAUGGAGGACGCAGAACCAAGGAUUCCCAAGUGAUUUCUUCUGAAGCAGGGGAAACUGACUGGGCUGUUCUGACUGAGAUGACAGUCAUGUCCCUCUCCAGGGACCUCAAGGACGACUUUCACAGUGACACAGUGCUCUCCAUCUUAAACGAGCAGCGCAUUCGGGGCAUUUUAUGCGAUGUCACCAUCAUUGUGGAAGACACCAAGUUUAAAGCCCACAGCAACGUCCUGGCUGCGUCCAGCCUCUAUUUUAAAAAUAUUUUCUGGGGCCAUACCAUCUGCAUUUCCAGCCACGUCCUGGAGCUGGAUGAUCUCAAGGCCGAAGUGUUUACUGAAAUACUUAAUUACAUCUACAGCUCCACCGUCGUCGUCAAGAGACAGGAGACCGUCACGGAUCUUGCAGCUGCAGGGAAACGGCUGGGAAUCUCCUUCUUGGAAGAUCUUAGCAAUCGCAACUUCGGGAAUUCGCCGGGCCCCUACGUCUUCUGCAUUACCGAGAAGGGCGUGGUCAAAGAAGAGAAAAAUGAGAAGCGGCUCGAAGAGCCAGCCGUCACCAACGGGCCCAGGAUCACAAAUGCAUUCUCCAUCGUGGAAACGGAAAAUAGCAACAGCAUGUUUUCUCCCCUGGACUUGAGGGCCAGUUUCAAAAAGGUCUCGGACUCCAUGCGCGCAGGGGCGCUGGGCCUGGAGCGGCCGGCCGGCUGCCGGGAGGCGGAGCCCGUGCGCACGCUGGCCGAGCACUCCUACGCCGUGCCCUCGGCCGCCGAGGCCUAUCGCAGCCAGCCCGCCGGCCCCGCGGCGGCGGCGGCGAGGGAGCGCGAGAGCCGCUCGCCAGGCCCCCGGGGCAAAGACGACGGCAGCCAAGGCCCGGCCGCCAAGCCGAAACCCAGCCGGAAGCCCAAGCCGCUGGCCGCAGCCCAGGAUACUGACCCAGCCGCCGAAAAUGGAACCCCCACUCCAGGCAGCAGCUUGGAGGCGAGUGGAGAAAGCAGCCCCCGGCCGGCUGCGGUUCUUCCUAAUUCACAAGCCCCCAACCACGAAGGAGAUGCCCUCUGCCCCAGGGACAAUGACCACAGACCCUCGGAGAUUCCUGGGCCGCUGCGAGCUGAGGUCCCCCCUCUGGUUUACAACUGUAGCAGCUGCUCCAAAUCCUUUGACAGCAGCGCCCUGCUCGGUGCACACAUGCAGCUGCACAAGCCGACGCAGGAGCCGUUGGCAUGCGGGCACUGCAACAAGCAAUUCACCACCCUCAAUCGGCUGGGCCGGCACGAGCAGAUCUGCAUGCGGGCCGUCCCCGGGGGGAACCCACCCUUCUUAGAAAACUACCCCACCAUUGGGCAAAACGGAGCCUCGUUCACAGGCCCAGACACAGUGCUGUCUGAAAACAGGCUCGGCGAAUUUUCUAGUACCAGAAGUAGCUUACCAGAAAUGGACCACUUGGUUAAAGUGAUUAAUGGGCAAAUGCUCUACAGUUGCGUGGUGUGCAAACGUAGUUACGUGACUCUGUCCAGCCUCCGGAGACACGCAAACGUUCACUCCUGGAGACGAACAUACCCCUGCCAUUACUGCAACAAGGUGUUUGCGUUGGCCGAGUACAGGACAAGGCAUGAAAUUUGGCACACGGGAGAAAGACGGUACCAGUGCAUUUUCUGCCUCGAAACCUUCAUGACCUACUACAUACUCAAAAACCAUCAGAAGUCGUUUCACGCCAUAGAUCACAGGCUUUCCAUCAGCAAGAAGACAGCCAAUGGGGGCCUCAAGCCUAGCGUCUACCCCUAUAAGCUUUACCGGCUACUGCCAAUGAAAUGCAAGAGGGCGCCUUAUAAGAGUUACCGGCAUUCCUCCUUCGAAAGCACCCGCGAGAACAGCCAGAUGAGCGAGUCGGCCUCGGGCGCCUAUGUCAUCCAGAACCCACAUCCCUCCCAGCUCCCCACCCUGAGCUUCCCGGACGGGGUCAGCGCCCUGACCAGCAGCCCCGCCCGCCCGCCCGGAGCGCCCGUCUCUCAGGACACCCCCACUUCCGCCAACGGCCAGAGCGCCGAGGGCCCCAAGUGGGGAGAGGAAGCCAACCUUGGCGGUAACCUCUGUUCCACUGCAGUGCCCAUUUCCUCCACGGAAAACGCUGUCCGUUCUACCCCGCCCGCAGGGGAAGCACCCGUUUUGCCUGUGAGCAGUGAGCACGCUGCGUCUGUGAUCAGCUACGGGGGGCCCGCCCCCGCCCCCUCGGUGAUCGUGCACAGCAGCCAGUUCUCCUCGGUGAUCGUACACAGCCACGCCGCCGCCAUGCCAGCCACCGCCCCCGGCGCCCCCGCCGAGCCAGCUGCGGGCCAGGCCCCAGGAGAGACGGGCAGGCCCGAGCCCGAGAAAGGGAGUAGGGCUGCGAGUAGACCCAAAAGCCUGAAGGAGAAGAAGAAAAGCCCACUGCAUCACAAGGGAGCCGUGCCAGAGGAAUCCAAACAGGUGGCCAUCCCCGGGGGUUCCUUGAGCAAAACCACAAAUGCCGUGGAAGAAACCAGUAAAAUCGAGACGUACAUCGCCAAGCCCGCCCUGCCGGGAACCUCCACCAACAGCAACGUGGCCCCGCUCUGCCAGAUCACCGUGAAAAUCGGGAAUGAGGCCAUUGUGAAAAGACACAUCCUAGGGUCCAAGUUGUUCUAUAAAAGAGGGAGAAGACCCAAAUUGCAAACGCCGGAGGAAAGUCUGCCCCAGGACGGCGACCCCGACACCAAUGGGGACAGCCCACUGGAGCUUUGCCAGUCGGAGUGUGUGGAGAUGAGCGAAAUGUUCGACGAUGCCAGUGACCAGGAUUCCACGGACAAGCCGUGGCGCCCUUACUACAACUACAAGCCUAAAAAGAAGUCCAGACAGCUUCGGAAGAUGAGAAAAGUGAGCUGGAAGAAAGAGCAGGGGAGUAGGAGCCCAAACCAUAAAUGCGAGUACCCAGCGGAGUUGGACUGUGCCGUGGGGAAGGCCGCGGCAGACAGGGCGUUCGAGGAGGAUGACAACAAAGAGAUGCCCAGGCUGCAGUGUGAGCUCUGCGAGGAAGACCAGGGCUCCGCGGAGGGGAGCCUGGGCCGGCCCCACCGCCACCUCAUCUCCAGGCCUUACACCUGUGAGCUCUGUGCCAAGCAGUUCCAGAGCCCGUCCACGCUCAAAAUGCACAUGCGCUGCCACACGGGCGAGAAGCCUUUCCAGUGCAAGACCUGCGGGCGCUGCUUCUCUGUGCACGGGAACCUGCAGAAGCACGAGCGCAUCCACCUGGGCCUGAAGGAGUUCAUCUGCCAGUACUGCAGCAAGGCUUUCACGCUCAAUGAGACCCUCAAAAUCCACGAGCGAAUCCACACCGGCGAAAAGCGUUACCACUGCCAGUUCUGCUUACAGAGCUUCCUGUACCUCUCCACCAAAAGGAACCACGAGCAGAGGCACGUGCGGCAGCACAGCGGGAAGGGCCACGCCUGCUUCCAGUGCCCCAAAAUCUGCAAAACAGCCGCUGCCCUGGGAAUGCACCAAAAGAAACACUUAUUCCGAAGCUCAAGCCAGCAGGAGACCGUCGAAGGGGACCCCGGUCACGAAAAAGCCCAUUUCCUGGAGAAUCCCCAUUUCGUUGAUUCCGAAGACAAUGACCAAAAGGAUGCUGUACACACCGUUGUUGAAAAUGUUAUCCAUUGACUGGUGAGAGAGAAAACUUCACAAAUAAAAGUCAGUGGGUUUUUUCAAUUUCCUUAUUUUUUUUUUUUUUUAGUUUUAUUCUUCACCUAACAGUCUUGAAGGAGUGAAAUGUGUGUGUAGAUAUAUAUCUCAUUUGUAAAAAUUCCGGCAAAAAGGAUACUUUACUAUCUAUUUUGUGUUUUAGCAUUAACGUUAUGCAAAGUACACAUACACAUGCUCACUAGCUGACGCCUCCAUUGACUUUCUUGGGAAAGUCGAUGACAUUUCUAGCGGUGGUAUUUCUACCAGUGAAUAGAAGAGUUUCAUUUUAGCCUCACUUAAAGCUCUCGAUAAGCAAGUGCGAGUAGCAACUGGUUGCUGAACUGUCUUUAAUCACUGGAGAAAAUAAGGGUCAGAUGCCAUGAAAUGUCAUCGCCACAGAUACGCUGACCGAGGUCAACGAGCUGUGACAGCCCUGAUCCCCAUGCACCUUCUGCACUACUAAAAUGUGUUUCACAUGCUGCCCAUGAAAUCCGUCAUCGUCUAGCUGAAAAACACGUGAAACGCACUGAAAGUAGGAUGUCCUUACAUUCUGUAAAACUAACUUUUGUACUACACGCACCUUGUAAAAUACAAACAUAGAUCACUUUAACUGUUACCUGUCCCUCUCUGUAGAGAAUUAUAACAAUGAGCAAUAGAGCUGCAAAUCAUGAGGACUUGUGGAAAAAUCAAUAGGAAGCAUUUGGAAUACGACUGAAGCGCAUGUGUGUGCUUUUAGACGGAAUGCUGUGCUCUUGAUGUUACGGCGGAGUUGUUCUUAGAACUGGUCUACUCAAGUCACAGGAAACCUACAUCAUGCCUUACCUAGGGGAGGAAGCCUUCCCCAAAUUUCCCUGUGCCAUGUACUCCUUUGCAAUGGCCUCACCCCAGAGGAUGGAGAAGACUCCAUUCCCCCCGAAGCUCUCUUCUCUACAGUCUUCCAGUCAUCACAAGGCCAGGACAUUUGGGUGUGCUCCAGGCAGGCUUCAGAUAAACCCUGAUGCCUCUGGUCCCAUUGAUGGAGGUCCCGGGAUGUUUAUUAUAGGAUGUGGAUGUGGUGCUGAGGUCCCAGGCACUUGAAAGCAGCAGUAAGCCUACUCCCUCCAAUCAUUAGCCUCCUUGGGGCUUGUGCAGCCCACAAGUACAUAUUAGUACAAGUCAAAGGGACAACAGACAAAGCCUCGGAUUUCUUACUUGAGCAGGCAGGAGGAAGUGGGGUGCCUCCCUGCCUCAAAGAGGAGCUUUGUUUGGCGCACGUGGGAAGGCAGGAUAUGACAAGGUUCUAUCCCUUCCUUAUAUGACUCAGAAGUACACUCACAAAGCCAGAUGCCUUGUCUGGUCUUCCUAUUUGCAGACGUCUAGCCCCCUUGCUGAAAAGUCCCUUGUGCUUUUUUAAUGUUCCUUUACACUGACCCACAUCAUCAGCAUUGUCCUCAAAAUCAUAUACUUUCCUGAGGAACUCGAGCACCUUGUUCUUUUCUAGCGGCCAGAAUAGGCAGAAGAGAGAACAUUCCCAGCCUCUGAUCACCAGUGUGAAUAAAACCUGGGACCCUGCUUACGGGUGACACAAAGCCACUCAUACUCAUUGGCAAAUCCCUAUACGGAAACCCAAGGUGGCCCAAAGUUGUGAGCAAUCAUUAUGAAGAAGCGGCUUCAAGGCCUCUGGUUUCCCUCUCCAAGUGGCGAGGGCCCCAUGAGGAAGAACUUGGUGUGGACUUGAGUGGCCAAGCACCCAGACGAGGACAUGAUCAAAGCUGACCUUUCUUACUGUAGUGCUUUGCUGUUAAGUAGCCCCAGUACUGUAUCUGCAUUUAUCUUUUGUUCAUCUACUUCCACUUUUCACUUACAUACAGUAUUACAUAGUAGAGGAAAAUGGGGAAAUGCAAGUGAACUCAACUUUAUUCUCUCUGCUAUGUGUAUGUAUUGAGGCGCCCUGGAGGCGCAGUGGGUAAGCCCUCCGCUGCUAACCUCAAGGUCGGUAGUGCAAGCCCAUCCGCCGCCCCAGUGGAGAAAGAGGUGGUGUCUGCUCUGGUAACGAUUUGACAGCCCUGGAAACCCACGGCACAGUUCUACUCCGUCCUUGGGUUGAGGCAAAUGGGAGCAGGCUUCCCGGCCUGGGGUUUAGGGUUCCAUAUAUGUAUGCCUGCACUUUUCACUUGGCUUCUGUUAAAGAGAGUCACAAAGGGCUUCUGAAUAUCAUUUUUGAAUUGAGAAUAAAAUAUUGAAUAAGCAAUCCUGUGAUUCACUAAUUUGUUUCAUCUGAAUUAGGAUUAUGAAUCAAAGGGAAUGACUUUGUAUCUUAGCCAUUUUGAUUUGAGGUAAUUCAGAAUAUAAAAUGAUUACACAUCGUAAUGUCUCCCAACCCUUACACGUGGAUAUUUUCUAAGUGGACUUGUAUGCUGAUAAUUCUAGACCAAAGUAAAUAUGGCAGAAUAUUUAUACAUAAAAAAUAAUUUUUCAAAUAUUUUCUAUAAUGGUAUUAUUCGUUUAAAAUGUUGAUAGCUUGUGUUAGUUUCAGGGAGGGUGUAUAUUUUGAUAAAAAAAACUUGACUUUGUAAUUCUGUAUAUUCUAUACAAUUUAUAGCAGAGCCAUUUGAAGACAAGCUUGUCACAUUUUUGUUUGUUAAUUGUGGAAAAUUUUAUUAUGAGUGAUGUUUAAGUAUGCAUUGAGUACAUAACAACCAACUAGAAUUCCAGUAAGUGUAAUCAGUGAACAUACGGUAUGCUGUAUAAGAUAUAUUGUAAUCUGCUGUUUUAGCAUCUGUAUUUUGGUUAGCAGAUAUGAAAUGCAGAUGUUAAUGAUUGGAAAAGUCUAAUUUUAUUUUUAGAAAUAAUAUAAAUUUGUUUUUUGCUUGAUUAAAAUAGCUUAUUCCUA